AUGAGAAAGUAGAUCUAUACUUAAGCAUAUUUCUUAAUCCAAAACAACCACAAUUACAGUCAUUCAUUUGGAGUAAGAAUGAAGUACGUUGGAUUAAAUACAUUGAUUGGAGUCUAUGCAGCAGCUAGAUAUUAUUUCAAUGCAUUAAGAUUGAAAGUAAUUAUCUUUAUUAAUGCAAUAAGUCAGCUAAUGGAGAAACUACUUUCGAUUGA